CUAGCUAGUUUGCCACCACGACUACCAAAAACCAGAUUGCGGUGGAGAGAGAGACGUAGAUGGUCAUGUCGGAGAGUAGGAGCAAAGAUGCGGUACCGAACGGUGCAGCCCAUAGCACUAGUACAGAGCCACACGUGGCCAGACCAAAUAUUGGCAACAGAGUGACUGUAGUGCUUGGGGCUCAAUGGGGCGACGAGGGCAAAGGGAAGGUUGUGGACCUGCUCGCCCAGGACGCUGAUAUCGUUUGCAGAUGCCAGGGUGGCAACAAUGCAGGACACACGGUGGUGGUGGACUCUGUGGAGUAUGACUUCCAUCUUCUACCCAGCGGCAUUAUCAACCCCAAGGUCACUGCUUUCAUUGGUAAUGGGGUAGUGAUCCACCUGCCUGGCCUCUUCGAGGAGGCUGAGAAGAAUGUGUGCAAAGGCAAAAGUCUGGAGGGCUGGGACAAGAGGCUGAUCAUUUCAGACAGAGCACACAUUGUUUUUGAUUUCCACCAAGCGGUCGACGGUGUGCAAGAGCAGCAGAGACAAGAGCAAGCAGGCAAGAACCUCGGAACAACGAAAAAGGGGAUUGGCCCGGUGUACUCAGCCAAAGCAGCCCGUAGCGGCCUCCGGAUAUGUGAUCUCAUGUCUGACUUCACGCAGUUCUCUGAAAGAUUUAAAGUCUUAGCCUCGCAGUAUCAGUCUAUGUAUCCGACCCUGGUGAUUGACAUCGAUGGGGAGUUGUCGAAGUUGAGGGAUUACGUGGAGAAGGUAAAGCCUAUGGUGAGAGACGGGGUCUUUUACAUGUACGGGGCCUUACAUGGACCUCCCAAAAAUAUCCUGGUGGAAGGAGCCAACGCCGCCCUCUUGGAUAUUGACUUCGGGACAUACCCUUUCGUGACCUCGUCUAACUGCACAGUGGGCGGGGUGUGUACGGGGCUAGGCAUGCCGCCCCAGAACGUGGGUGAGGUGUAUGGCGUGGUCAAGGCCUACACCACCCGGGUUGGCAUCGGAGCCUUUCCCUCAGAGCAGUUCAAUGACAUUGGGGAGCUCCUGCAGACAAGGGGGAAAGAAGUGGGUGUAACCACUGGCCGUAAAAGGAGAUGUGGUUGGCUGGACCUGGUGCUCAUCAAAUAUGCCCACAUGAUCAACGGCUUCACUGCCUUAGCUCUCACCAAACUAGACAUCUUGGAUGUGCUCCCAGAGAUCAAAGUUGGUGUGUCGUACUCUGUGAACGGUGAAAAUAUACCUAAUUUUCCAGCCAACCAGGAAGUCUUACAGAGCGUUGAGGUUCAGUAUGACACCCUGCCAGGUUGGAACAGUGACACCUCCACCGCCAGAACAUUUGAUGAGCUGCCAGAGAACGCCCAGAAAUACGUCCGCUACAUUGAGGAGCACCUCUGUGUGCCCGUGAAAUGGAUUGGCGUAGGCAAGUCUCGGGAGUCCAUGAUCCAGAUCUUCUAAGGUCUUCUCCACACUGUAGCCACCACCAAACCAGACCCUCGGUCCCCCCCUCUCUUCCGAUGGUUACCUGGUUCCAGUGGCCUGGGAAACUGGUCCUAUGCUAUGCCACUCCUCGGUCCCCAACUCACUUCCACACCAACCUGGGAGCUGCUUCUGGGGAUGCUCUUAUCAUCCUAUCCAUGAUCCCCCUCUCUCCUUAUUCUCUCUCUGUCUCUCUGUCUCUGAAGACCUGUGUGGGAUUCUUCAAAAUGGCUGUCUCAGGCGUUAACAGGGAAGUACACUUCAGUUGCUUGCCAGCCUACGUCUGUUACUCCCCAUGUUUGGUUUGUCAGAAAGCCCUCAGAGCUGCCUCUGGCUUGCCUUUAUGGAUCUGUUAUCCUGACAUCCUUGCACACGCACACCACACACACUCAAAUCACACACAAAACCACACUCAAAUCCAGGUGUGACACUGUCAUUGACCCGUCUGCAAGCCAAUGUCAGAAACUAUAUGACCGUGUUCAUGUGUACAGUACUGCAGUGGGACUUGGUUGAUUCAUACACCAAUUGUCUGUGCCUGUUCUGUGAUGAAAACAGUUUGUGUAAAUGUGUUCUUAUGCCUAGCAUGGGCCAAGGAGCCCAUGGCCAUGAAACGACCCACACGAGCAACUUAAGAUACAAACUUUCUGUAUGGACAACUGUCAAUGUCUCUGUAUACAAUUGUAAUAAUGGCAGGAAAUGUAGAAUAUGUUGCUACUGUUAUAAUGACCUUGUUCCACGCAACAUAGUUGCCAUUAUUAGAGAUACAAUCUUAAAUGGGCAUUUUAGAGGUGUCACAAUCAAACAACCUCUUAGUAAUUUCCCCGGCUGACUAGAAAUUAGUUUUUAUUUCAAAGCAGUAGAAAGCUGUGUUACUACUGGACAUUAAAACAGGGGUCAGUUAACAUUUUGAUAGGUGAUCUAUCAAACUCCACAUUGAAAUGACGCAAGAAUGUAUUUCAAUGCUAUUCUAAGUUUAAACUCCAACGCAAACAUGAUGUUGAUAUGCUAAACUCUAGUCUCAGGACUUCUACUCAAUCGCAACAGUGUAUAUAUUUUACUUCUAUUUUAAUGAUUUUAGGACUAGGUAUGAUCGAUUCUUUUCUGCAACUGCUGGAUGUGUGGGUUUUCUGCAGAUGUAGCGUAUUAGACAGCAGAUCGCCUCCUGACUCGGUAACAACUAUAUAGAACUUUUGCUUUUAUAAACUGGAGCUGUUUAAGUGAAAUGGAAUUGAAUCAUGGGUUUUCCCAUCACUGAUAUACAAUCUAAAUAUUUCAAAUUAAGAUUUUUAAAGACAUGAAAGGACCUCUUCUGUUUAUGGUUGACUUUGUACCUUGAAUGACAGUUGUCGAAGGGUGCCUAUUCAUGCAGAGAUGGAGGACUACUCAUACAAUAUCAGUAUGCCUUUGUGUCUGUAGGUCUCUACAGAGAAGGCUGUAGGCUCCUGUGAAAUAAUGGGUUUCUACGUUGGUGGCGAAGUGCUUUCUCUUUCAAAUAUGGAAGUGUCAAACUAGUGUCACAAUACAUAGUUACUAUCUGUCAGGUACAUUGUUAGGUCUGUCUUCAGUAGAGCAGUUAUCUCUGCUAGGCUUAUAUGAUGUCAGUCUUGUUCUUCUCCUGUGUCUUUUUGAUUCUAAGAUUAUAUCAGCGAUUAUGGUAUUCAGCUAAAGUAUACUCAGUGUGAAGAUGAAAACAUGCACUGGAAAUUAAACUAAUGGGAUGUCUUUAAA